AUGGCGUCGACGGGCUACGUGAACAUCAUAGGGAGCAUGUUCAGUCUCUACUUUUACACGUGGCUCCACCCGGACCUGAAUCGGUGCGUUCGAAUCGGAUUCAACCAGUACAAAGUGGACCAGGCCGUCUAUUUCGGCACCGUCGUCUGGCUCAUCCUCUCCACGAGCUGCAUUGCGCCAAGAAUGACGCAUCGGACGAACGCGCUCGUCGGAAAUAUCGGAAUGGCCGUCUGUUCGAUCCUCGUCAUUGUCAAUCAUUGGCUUCUUGAGAACAAAUGGGUGGUUAGUGCUUUUUUCGAUGUUUCACCUCGAAAUCGCUAUUUUCAUUGCAGUGGGCCGGAAUUCUGUACGUGGUGAACAUUCUGUUCUACGUCUGCUGCAUGGGACUUGUUCUGAUGGGCCAGAACUCGAAAUACCACUACGACCGCAGCCGUUUCUACAAAUUGUGCGUUCCGAUCGCCUCCACCGUCUUUAUGACUCUUCUCUGCUAUCAAUUCAUCGCCAAUACUGUGAGUUUCUUCUACAUCAACUAACUCGGGGAUUGAAGAUUCUAUUCAGAAAUUCUACGAUUAGAAUAUUUACCUGAACGCAAUGAAAAUAUCUUUUCUGCAAACACAUCCUACAUUUGAUUUUCAGGACUACGCCGACGAGAUGCCGUGGAUCUCGUUCAACUUCCACACGAUCAUGGCGAUUCUUGCGCAAGUGGCGGCGCCCCGAACCGAAACUUUCGACUUUUUCGACUUCCUCAACACGAGAAAGCGGCAGCAAGUGCCGUUGCCGCGCAAAUCAGCGAGAGGACAAUGA